AUGAGGUUGACAGGUAGAGGACAGGUGUAUGAGGAGGGGAGACAGAGAAACCUUCAGUGCAUCUUGAGAGAGUCGAGGAGGAGGUGCUGUGCUUCUGACCAGGCCGGAGAGGUAAACCACAGGAAUCAUGACUGUGGUGACGGUGGCAGCAACAAUACUGGCCCUGGCGUGCAUCACCCCAGCAGGAGGAGAACACAGCCAUCUCCUGGACGCCUCGCCCUUCUUCCUGGAGCCCCCGCGCCUAGGGACACUCCUGACGGCCACGUGGAACGCUUCCAAGGCCUCCCUGACGUGGGCCCUGCAGUAGAUGCCACCUCGCUACCUCUUGAUCAUGUGCCCUUAAGUACUUCCCUCGACAGGUCUGAUUUCCAGGAAGAAAUAUUUGAUUAUCCUUUAGAAGACGCUCCGGAACAUGAGGGCAUGAUUCCAGCAUUCCAGGAAGGCAACAGUGAUGGGGAGGACACGCCGUACGAGAUUCCAGAGACAUUCGAGUACCCAGAUAUUCCAGAACAGACGCAGGCCCCGGAGAUGAGGGAGGAGCAGCAACCGGCGCCUCCAGCAUCACAGCCAGGGUUCCAGGACGUUCCAGUGGCCGACGUGACGCCCUUGCAAGAGGAGGAGCUGCAGCUACAAGCCCCAAAUAACCAGAACCAGAACCCCAACCAGAACCAGAGACCUGAGAACCGGUACCCUCAGUACUCAGGGGGGGACAGACAGCAAGUCAACACCCAAGUCCCCCAUUUCGCGUCUCCCCAGUACGAGGAGAGCCAGGAUGUAGUGGACGUGGUCUCAGCGCCCCGCCCUUCAAGAUCCCCGCCCAUCUCCUCCCGCCCACGCCCACCCCAGUACUCCCAGAUACCCUACCGCCGCACCACACACCCUAAUGAGCUCCCAUUGUAUUCCAGCAACGACCAUUACGACUUGGAGGCUCAGGGGUCCAGGGAGCAGUACAGAGUGGCUUAUGACUACGAGGAGGACCUGCCUGGGGGUUUUCAAGGGGAGGAGCUGAAGGAGGAGGAGGAGGAGGAGGAGGAGGAGCCAGAUCGCCUUAGUGUUCUCCUCCUUGACUCCACCUUCCAGUGUUUCCAGAAGAAUAAUGGAUAUUACGCUGACGAAGAGCUGGACUGUGAGGUCUUCCACUAUUGCCAGGACAACGUGAAGCAUUCCUGGCUGUGUCCUGCUGGAGCGUCCUUCCACCAGGUACACCUCAUCUGCAUGCCACGAUCAGAGGACAACAUUUGCGCCCGAUCCUCCAAAUUCCACUUCGUCAAUGACUUCUUGUACAAGGAACUUCAAGCGGAGGACGGACGCAACAAGACCUACGCCGACAGAUAUUACCCAGAAGGCUUCGAGUAUGGCGUGGCUGGGACAGGUGGUGGAGACGCAGGGGGUGAUCCAGGCUACACUGAUGGCUUUGGUGCUGGAAAUGCUGGAGGUACUGGAAGCUUCGGUGCUGGAAAUGGUGGUGGUGGUGGUUUUAGUGCUGGAAAUGUUGGCACUGGUGGUUUUAGCAGUCCAGGGCAACCUCCGCAUCGCCCGCGUCGUCCCAGACCUAACCAACAGCCGCCCCCCGCCCUUCCUGGAUGCUCUCUCUCGCCAGCAGGAGCACUUCCAGACCCAGCAGGUGAAGCAACAUGCACCACCACCACCACCACCUCCUUCACAACCACCAGUAUCAUCACUACCCACGUACCAGGAAGCACAACAACUACAACUACAACAACAGGAGGAGGAGGAAGAUUUGUAUGAGGAACCCCCACGUCAGUUCCAGCCACAGCCACCACCACCACCACCAAUCCCAGCAACAAGCACCUAUACCACAAUUCCAGCCGCAGUCACAAGGGUUACCACCACCACCACCACCACCACCACCACAUAGAGGGGAUUUCCGCCCACAACCACCACCGCAGUUCGCACGCCCCCCACCCCCACAGCGCCCUCAAAGGGUUUUCAGGGGGCGGCCGGAGGUGGGGCGUGAGGUACCGCGGGGCGAAAGCAAGGGCCUCUGAUACCCUGGAAGAGGCGCUGACCGCAGAGAAGACCGGGGUUUUAAAAAGAAGCUCUAAGAGAAGUUAGGGAGUAAGAGUGUGUGUGUGUGUGUGUGUGUGUGAAGGAGUGGACUGGGUGUUUCUGUGUGUGUGUGUGUGUGUGUGUGUGUGAGUGUGUGUGUGUGUGUGUGUGUGUGUGUGUGUGUGUGUGUGUGUGUGUGUGUGUUUGUGUGUGUGUUUACCUGUUUUUGUGAAUUAAUAAAGUAUAUGAUUUGUAGUAAAGAAA